AUGAUGUCCAUUAUUAAUACAUCGGAUGUUGAAAUCACCACCUUCUUCUUGGUUGGGAUGCCAGGGCUGGAAUAUGCACACAUCUGGAUCUCUAUCCCCAUAUGUAGCAUGUAUAUUUUUGCUAUUCUGGGAAACUGCACCAUCCUUUUGGUCAUCAAGACAGAGCCCUCUUUGCAUGAGCCCAUGUACUACUUCCUUUCCAUGUUAGCCAUGUCUGACAUGGGCCUGUCCUUCUCUUCUCUACCCACCAUGUGGAGGAUCUUCUUAUUCAAUGCCCCUGAAAUUUCUGCCAAUGCCUGCUUUGCCCAAGAAUUCUUCAUCCAUGGAUUUGCAGCAGUGGAAUCUUCAGUGCUCUUGAUCAUGUCGUUUGACCGCUUCCUAGCCAUCCACAGCCCUCUGAGAUACAGCUCCAUUCUUACUCCUAUCAGAGUUGUCAAAAUAGGAAUAGUGAUAUCCCUUAAGAGUGUCCUCCUAGUGCUACCCUUCCCCUUUACUUUGAGAAGUUUGAAAUAUUGUAAUAAAAGCCAAUUAUCCCAUUCCUACUGUCUCCACCAGGAUGUCAUGAAGUUGGCCUGCUCUGACAACCGAAUUGAUGUCAUAUAUGGCUUUUUUGGAGUACUGUGGGUUAUGGUAGACUUUAUGCUUAUUGCUGUGUCUUACUUCCUGAUCCUCAAGACUGUACUGGGAAUUGCAUCCCGAAAGGAGCAGCUCAAGGCCCUCAAUACUUGUGUUUCACACAUCUGUGCAGUGAUCAUCUUCUAUCUGCCCAUCAUUAACCUUUCCAUUGUCCAUCGGUUUGUCCGACAUGUCUCACCUCUCUUCAAUGUUCUCAUGGCAAAUGUUCUUUUACUUGUGCCUCCAAUGAUGAAUCCCAUUGUGUACUGUGUGAAAACGAGACAGAUUAGAGUAAGAGUUGUAGCAAAAUUAUGUCAGAAGCAGAUGUAACAAUCAGACAAUGUAG